AUGAUCUUUCGACCUUUUACCACUGGGCUUCUCGCCCUGUGCUCUUCUACUUUUACCUCGGCCUCGGCCAUUCCCCAUCUCGACGACCAGGUUGUCUUGAACUACGCCGACCAUGCUACCAACCCCCACAGUAUCGAUGCGGAUAGCUUCACCCGUCCGUCAUGGUUCACUUCUACCCUGAUGGCCCGCCGUCUGCUGGCACUCUCCCCAUCCGGCGUCAUGUCUACCACUUUCCCCAGUCACAUCCCAGACUCGUCCCGCACGCCCGCCGAGGUCGCCGGUUUGCCUAUCGGCCUGCGCGAGUAUAUCGCCGACUGCGACGGCGUUUUACCAGCGGACCUCUCGCACGGCGAUAACGGCGACCCGACCAUCUUAGCGCUUCGCGUCGCUACAACAUUUAGGAAUAUCGGCGCCGGGUCCAACCUCAGUUUGGAGAUAGACUGGUGGGACCAUCUCUCCGAGGCGGGCGCCGUUUAUCCAGGUCUCCCUCCCAGUCCGGCCGCACUGCCUCGCUUCACUCUAUUCGGAUACCUGGAUACCCUCCCCGAACUAUCGGGCGCUGCUGCCGCCAGCUUGGAGAAGUGCUUCCUCCAGUCACAUCCCGAUGCGAAGUACUGGUUACCCGGUGCACCUGCUGCGCCGCACGCGAGCUUCUGGGCUAGACUGGUGGUCACCCAGGUAUACUGGAUUGGGGGCUUUGGCGACGUGCAGCAGAUUGGGUGGAUGAAUGUUACUGAGUGGAAGGGGGUCCGACGGCAUGGUAGUGUGGCUGGUGUGGGCGAUGGGCGUGGAUGGGAGGAUGUGCGAUUGCCCGGGGAGAAGUCCGCAGUCGGUGCUCUGUGA